AUGAAAAGUGCCAACAAUAUUGAUCUCCUCACCAUAUAUCUUCUCUUCUCCAUCCUGUUCCUAAAAAUAAGCAAUGCUCAGGUUUGCAACACCACAGAGUGCGCAAAAAGUUUCGUCUCAAUCAAAUUUCCAUUCCGCUUAAAAGACACUCAGCAUGAGUCCUGUGGUGCACCAGGAUUUGAUUUACAUUGCAAUCAAUCAACUACCUUAUUUGAGCUCCCUAAAGCUGGAAUUUUCGCGGUUGAUUCCAUCACCUAUAUUUCAAGAGAAAUAAAGCUUCUUGAUCCAAAUAAUUGUCUGCCUCAAAGGUUGUUAUCUUUUGAUCUUACCACUAGCAAGACGGCUUUCCGGCCACCCGCCGAUAGUCCGAUUUUUUCGGUGUAUAACUGCUCCGGUGAUCAUUAUCCCACCUUGCAGAAAAUCAUAUGUCUUAGUGGUUUAGAUUAUAGUGUUGUAAGUGGAGGUGCUGGGGAAGGAAUUGAUGUUACUAAAUACUCUAAUUGCACGUUUGUAAGGAAUGUUUCUCUUCCAACAAAACUGGGUAGUUCCUUUGCGCACCUGCCUUACGCUAGAAAAAUGACACUUAUCUGGGAUGAGCAGAAGUGCAAUUCAAAAGCAUGUGGGCGUCAAGAACCGGAGUCUCCUGCGAAGAAAGCUGCGCGAGAUGCAAUAAUAUCUGUAGUGUUACAAGCAAUGGCAUUAUGGGCAAUUCUAGCUUUAAUUCCUAUUAUCACACUAUCUUGUGCUGCUGCUUUUAUUGCCUGCUGGCAACCCCCUGAUAGCUGGGCUCGCAUUCAUCUCUUGGCCUCAGGAGAAGAAGCGGAGAGUUCAGCCCAAGCUGCUGAUGCUAGAAAGACGAUGUGA